UCACCUGUGUCACAAGUCUUCACAAUGUGGCCCCACUUUGGCAUACACGCUCUCCUUGUAGUGAUUGUCACCCUGAGUCCUGUGCCUGCUGCGGCACAGAGUGAAAACGAUGUCACUGGAGAAGAUCUCUAUCCCCCUCUGUGGGACCUGGCCCCUGGAAACCUGCUGGACUUCCCAGUAAAAGACAACAAAAUUGUCAUCAAUUCUUGGAACUAUCAGGAUCGACUGGGAGUGUAUAAGAGCUUGCUAAGUGCUUCAGCCAAAUAUUUUGAUGCCUUUGGACCCCAAAACAGUGGCAAUAUUCUCUGGGGAUUACCAUUGCAGCAUGGCUGGCAAUUUCGUACAGGUAGAUUAGCAGAUCCUUCUGGUGUGACUUCCUGUGGCUAUGAAAAUGGAGAGCCCCUGUGCCAAUCUGUAAGAAGCUGGUGGUCCUGUAUGAAUUACUAUCUGUCUAUUAUACCCUUUCUGGGGGCAGUGGAGGCUGGCCUCUUUGGGCAGCUGCCAUAUGAGAUAGAAAUACUGCCACCAGAGGAGCAAAAAGAUGAUUUCUGUUACAGCGUUAAAGACUGCUGGUCUCGCAUGCCCAAGCUCAUGGAUGACUGGAAGGCCUUUUUUGAAUAUCUGUUAUCUACAGAACACAAAGCUGUGAACUCUGCCAGCCUCUCCUCCUUCAAACUGGACGAUGCCCUUGGCCUCAUGUGGAAGGCACACACCUCCUCCAUUGCUUACGCACUCCCCAAGUUCCAUGACCGCUUAAAAUAUCUCUCUGAUCCAGAAGCAAAUUUUGGAGAAGACUGGGCUGAUGCUGUAGAUUUCAUUGCCGCCACACACUUCAAAACAGACUUGCUGACCACAAACACCUUCCAGACUUUCCUGCCCCAGAGGAUGCUUGUAGAAGGGGAUGUUCUCCCAUCCAUUAGUGACUUCAGUCCAGAGCAAAAUAAGGUUCUGGUGUCACUGAGAGUUCUUCACAAAGUAAAUAAAAUAACAGGAGGAUUGCUGCUGAAGAUCUGGCAGAAGGCUAUGUCCACCGAAGCUGGAAGAAGAAUAGGCCGAGAGCUGAUUGAAAGCCUGCCUUCGAGCCCGAAGCUCAAACUACUUGACCUAAUAGAAAUUUAG